CGACCAUGUGAGUCGCACGCUCCCAUCGCCGUUCUUCCGUAAGCUGAACCGUCCGCGAGGCUUGUAUAGCGACUGCGACCAUGGCAAUGCCCCCGCAACCCCCCACAAACGGCAGCGGGAAUCCCGAGCUCGACAUCCCCAAAUUGCAUGCACUCCCUUCAGAGCAGCAGGACCUGUACCUGCUGACCUUCACAUCCGAUCUUGCGCGCCAUGUCGCCUCUCUCGACGCCGAUGGAGCUUCUUCCCAUCAAAUCUACGUCAAGAAAGAGCUUUUCCAGAUCAUCACUCUGCCCUCCCCGGCGCCAACGAGGGUAAUUCGCAACAAUUUGGGUAGAACCUUUGCGGCCAUCUUCCAGAAGGGCGACCGAAAGCUCCUUUUCGAGUCCAUCAACGAGCUGGUGGCCAUCCUCAAUGCCGCAGGAAAGAGCGACCGGGACGUCAAGGCCAAGCAUGCCGCUGCCCAUUGCUUGGGUACUGUCUUCGAGGCUGCAGGCGAUAGCGCCAUCGGCCUCUCCACCCUGGCUGCUGCGUCUCUGCUCCGUCUAGUCAAAUUCGCGCAGAACCACGCCGGGCUUAGAGCGACCUUGUUCAAGGCUAUUGGGAGACUCUUCAGGGGCGUUGGACCUUCUGCCGAUGAGGCCGUAGCAAGAGAUGCGUGGAAGCAGUGUCGGGCCUUAUGCGCAAAUGACAAGUCAUUGCUCGUUCAGGCGAACGCAUGCUGGUGCCUGGAACAGCUUCUUCGAAACACCUCCUAUUUUGACAAUUCCAGCGAUUUUGACAAGCUCUCAAACGCCAUUUGGAAGACCAUCGAAAGUGGCUCCCCAGUUGUUAGGCAUGCGGCUGCGGCCUGUAUCAGCGCUGCCCUGGUCAAAAACUACUCUGAGACAGCCCCCGUAGAAAUACCUUUAGCCCGAUCCAAGACAAUGAGAAAGAAGAGUAAGAAGCAGUCCCAAGUUGAUGGUGAUGAGGACACCAUCGAGCGACCCGGAUCACCUGCUCCGCAAAAGUCAAGCACAAAACUCUCCUUUACGAUAUCCACUCUAUUGAAACAACUGUCUAAUCACUUCUGCCGGCCCGCGACUGGCAAUCGGGCAAGAGCUGGUAUUGCAAUCUGCUACAUGAAGACCCUGAAAGGGCUAGGAGAACAUGUCGUGGAGACAAAAUACGCGGAUAUUGCGCGCCACCUUUUCAUAGACCUCCUAAGCAACCCCAGCAUUAUCCACAACCGCUACCGUACUCUGAGCGCAAGGAAGUAUAUCUCUGCGAUUUUGGAACUCGUAGUCGGUCGGGAAAUGCUUGGCGAGUCUGGUCAGCUCAAUGCCGCCAAGUUCCUCGUCAACGACAUUCUUAAAGAUUAUCCACAAGUCCUUAAGGAAAGACCUGAACCCACAAAGCAAACCUUGAUUGGGGCACUGAGUGCGCUUUCGUCGUUGUUUCACAGCCUUGGAUCUGCUACCAAUGCCAUCGCGGACACCUGUAGGGACGGUCUGUUGCAGGUUCUCCAACACCCAAGCUAUACUGUCCAAGUCUACGCAUCGUCAUGCCUCCGGUCAUUUGUUCUUGCUUGUCCUUUGCAAUUGCUUCCAUCCGUCACUAUAUGUAUGAACAGCGUCAAUCGCGAGCUUGGUUUGCUCGCAGGUCCGCGCCAGUCACCAAGACGAUGUGUUGGCCUUGCCAAUGGGCUUUCGGCUGUUUUGAGCACAUCAACUGCUCAGCCCUUACACGGAUCGGUCGAUGUGAACUCUCGAGUCUUGUCGCAAGCAACAUCGCUUCUAAAGUCGAGCGGAAACUCCGACCUACGGAUAUCAUCCACUCAGAUUCAAGUAGCCUGGAUCCUCAUUGGAGGUCUCAUGACCUUGGGACCGAAUUUUGUUAAGAUACAUCUCUCUCAACUUCUACUUCUUUGGAAGAACGCCCUUCCGAAGCCUUUAAACAAGGAUAACAUGGUUCAGCGGAACGUCUUGGAGCUAAGCUUCCUCGCACAUGUCCGAGAAUGUGCUUUGGGGUCUAUACUGACAUUUUUGGAAUUCAACAGUAGAUUGUUGACUUUGGAUGUAACCAAGAGGCUAGCGGCAAUGCUGCAGAACACUACCAUGUUUCUGAAUACGCUGCCAGCCAAAAAGACCACCGACGACAUCUCCCAGCGGCUUUCACCCGCUCUUCAGCUCCAUGAUUUUGACCUCAUGGUUAGGCGGAGAGUCCUCCAGUGUUACACCAAGUUGGUGAACCUUAACCCAGCGGGAAGCAGUGAAGUCCUACUCCAAACCAACCUUCUUCCGUUCGCAGUUGCGUCUUUCGCCGAUCCUGAUAACUAUACUGCAAGUUCCUUAAGCACGGCCAUUGCCAGUUCAGCAGGCACUUUUGACAGCAUUUGGGAAGUCGCUGAUAAUCACGGCUUUGGUGUUACUGGACUGAUCAGGGGCUUCGAUAUUAAACCAUUGCCAGGAGAGCAUUCCACCAAUACCCGACAUCAUUGGGUCACAAGGAGGGGCGCAGAGGCUAUGGUUGAUCGCACCCUUCUCUCCCCCAUAGUUGGCGCCCUUGAGCAUGAUUCCAUCUCUCUUUAUAUUGGUAACACUAGCGAUUUCGAGGACUUACCAGACCCGCCUGCAACGGAAGUUGUAAACGCAGCAUUGCAGCUUUUCGCCAUUGCCCUCCCUCUACAGACUCCUAAAAUUCAAGAAAGCAUUUUAGAACAAUUAACGUCGUUUCUGUCAGCAAACAACCUACAGCGAGACAGCUACCGAAAGGCUGCAAUGAUGGUCAAUAUAGCUUUCGCUUUGCUUGCCGCUUCCAAGGUGGCAGUAAAGGAGACAGGAUCUGCCCCUGGAGAUCUAAGAGGGUCGGCAGUGGAGAAGGUAAUGCAAGAACUGCUACAUGUCUUCAUCGUACUUCCUGACCCUUAUGUGCGCAACCUUGCAAGUGAGGCAUUAGGUCGUCUUUGCAAUAGUUCAGGGAACGCAUUCACCUCCUCAGAAGUCAAUUAUUUAGUAGAUCAAAUUGUCGCGAACCGAGAACCAAACGCCCGGUCUGGAUAUGCUGUCGCUCUAGGCUGCAUCCAUUCACAAUUAGGUGGCAUGGCCGCCGGAUAUCAUCUCAAGAACAUUUUGGGGAUUCUGAUGUCAUUGAGCAAUGAUCCACACCCAGUUGUCCACUUUUGGGCUUUGGAGAGCCUCUCCAGAGUAGCGGACUCUGCCGGAUUAACCUUCUCCAGUUAUGUCACGAGCACACUAGGGAUGUUAGCGCAGUUAUAUGCGGCAGACACACACAACGACCAGUCCGCUUCUCUAGCUUCAUCAAAUCUCGAAGUCGAUCUCCCUUCCCCUGCCGUCGUCGCUCGAUGCAUAGACAGUACUAUCAACGUUCUCGGCCCUGAUCUCCAGGAUAUGACAAAGGCGCGAGACAUGAUCAUGACUUUGGUCGGUCUAUUCAAAACAGAGGCCGAGGAGCUAGUUUUGUUAGAAAGUCUUCGAUGCCAGGAACACCUCUCGCUGUAUGCUCCUGGCUCUAUGGAGUUCACUGUCUAUGUGAAGCAGCUACAGCAGGCUUUGGACAGUAACUCGGCACAGAUAAGGGACAUGGCCGUUGAUGGGCUUCACAAUUUGAUGCGACGUAAUACAGAUGAAGUGCUCCGAACGGCGGAUCCGGGGCUUGAGGAUCAGUUGUGGCUUGUCCUUGACAAGGAUGCUCAGCACGAAGUCGUCCGGAACAUAAUUUGGAAUUGGCUCCAACAAACAGGUCUAACAGAUACAGUAGCGUGGGUACAGAGAUGCCAGACAAUACUCACAAGAACAAAGCGAGUACCAGAGGCAGAAGGAGCGGCAGAGGCGAACUCCAAGAUCGGUGUUCCAGAUUUACAAGAUGAAGAGGUUGCCGGAUUUGCCGCAACCUCUAAUACUGCUGGCGACGACGCUGGUGGACCCACUCAGACCAGUCAGGAGUUACUAAAGUGGCAAGUGCGUACAUUUGCAAUGGAUUGCUUGAGCGAACUUCUUGCCCUCGUUAGCAGAGAGGCGAUAUCGAGAGAGAGCUCACCAUCCGCCAUGGCAAUGCAGCAAAGGAUUGCCGAUGUUGUUCGUAUCUCCUUUUCCGCCUCAACUGCUGGCGUAGUCCAAUUGCGGAUACGCGGUUUAAAGAUAAUCGACCAAGUCCUUAAGUUGUUCGGAAAAACGCCAGAUCCCGACUUCGCAGAAGUUACACUCUUGGAGCAGUACCAGGCACAGAUUGGAUCUGCACUUACCCCGGCCUUCGCGGCAGAUUCUUCGCCAGAGCUAGCAGCAGAGGCAGUAAAUGUAUGCGCCACAUUCAUUGCCACUGGUAUUGUGACCGAUGUUGACCGGAUGGGUCGAAUUCUCAAACUGCUCGUAUCAGCGCUCGAAAACUUCUCAAGCGAUUCCGAGACGGCAGCAAUCGGGGACCUCAGGGGUCUCAGUUCAAAUGCCCAGAUCAUGGUCAAAAUGGCAGUUUUUUCUGCCUGGGCAGAACUUCAGAUAGCCAGUGCCGAGCAAACAUAUCUUGUCGACGUUUUAAAGCCCCAUAUCGCGAGGUUAACUCCUCUUUGGCUCUCCUCUUUACGCGAAUACGCGCGCCUAAGAUUUGAGCCAGACAUAUCUUCAAUGGGUUCGGCAUCCCUAUCUGGAAGUCUCGACACCAUCUAUGCAGCCUUGAAUCGGGAGACGUUGCUCAAGUUCUAUCAAGAAUCAUGGCUGAAUCUUGUAGACGCCAUUGCAAGUCUCAUUGAUGAGGAUAGUGAAUUCGUCUUCGAUGCAUUAGAUGGUAGAACCGAGCCGUCAGCCCCCACCACAAAUGGCAAGCCAAGCGACAUCAACUAUCGCGAUGAGCCUGUCGCAUUCUUUUUCGUCUUGUUUGGUCUGGCAUUUGAGGCUUUAGCUGGGCGACCUGGAGACUUGCAGGCUUCUAAGGAACAGAUUCUCGAGAUUUUGCAAGCUCUGAAGAAAAUCUUGCGUCCAGCAGUUUCAGGACAUGCGAUUUAUCAAGGGGUUGUAUUUUCAGAAGCUAUGGACAUGCUUGAUCGGCUCGUCUUGACAGAAGGGCUGAGCGUUCAGGCGGUGAUCGUCGAUAUCGCCCGAAAUCUUUGUUUGGGACAUCCAUCAGCCCGGAGAAGUCAAGGUGCAACGCCUGCAGAUGAGAAUCUCUCCGAAGAUAUAGACCAGCUUUUCGAAUUAACAAAGAUCAUCGUCUUGGUGCUAGCAGGGCUAGUGCCUAGCUUGGAUGGCUCACAAACCGGAGCCCGAUACGAGCUCAAUGAAGAGGCAGUUACACUUCUAAACACGGCGUUAUCCUCCCUUGUGGAUGCUUCUGAAGUAUUCCCCUCCAUCAUUAAAACUGACCUUCACGCAUGCAUCCUCCACAUAUUCACAACUAUACUUGGAACUGGGGUUUGCCAAGCAACGGUUGUACCCCAAUCCCUCCCUAUCUUAAAACGCUUCGUCACUAGUCUAGCCUUGCAUUCUCAUACGGGUUCGGAUACUUCCACUCAGCUCCGAGCGACCCUUGCAAGAUUCCUCGCAAUUCUCAAGCAUGCUCAACAAAGAGAAACAGAAGCCGCUCUUCCGUGCGAGAAGAACACCAUUCUGGCCACCACUCUUCUCCUCAGCUCCACAGGACCCGCUUUUGACCCCGGCGACCCGCUUCUCAAGCAAUUUGUUGACGAGUUAAUCGACUGCUUAGGCAAUCGCAUGACUAGUAAAGUAGCAGCUGGAUGCUGCCGCUCAUUGCUCCUCAUCCCGAAGAAAGGGCCUGCAGAAACCUCAUUGGCAUCGCAGCUAUUUCCACAGAUCCUUUCUUUCCUCGCGAACCCCUCUGACGUCGAGGGGUUAGAUGACAGUCGCACCACUUUAGCGCACACAAUUGUGUUGCUAGUUCCUACCCUCGACACCGCGGAACAAAGACAGAUAGCAGUUAGACUUGUCAUCCCGGCGCUUCUAUCACGAGCAAGCAAUGAACCCAAAGCAACCAUCGAGACUGCUACAAGGCUGCUUGAACUAGCGGGUGCGGAUCAAGCGGCUUUUCGAAGUGUCGUUUCUGGGUUAAAUGCAGAGCAAAGAAGCUUUAUGGAAAGCGUACUUAAGUCUGGAAGUGUGGGGGCACAAGCGAAGAGGAAUGAACAGAGAGAAGAGGUUGGAGAACCAAGUAUUGCAUUGAAGAUGGAUUUUGGCAGUUGAGGAAAGAUGAAAACACAUCGAUCAUGAGGCAAUGUCUCUACCGAAG